AUGUCUGGCCAGGAGGUAGUAGCACUUGUUAUUGAUAAUGGUAGUGAUACAUGUAAAGCUGGUUUUGCUGGUGAUAUUGCACCACGUGCAGUAUUUCCAUCAAUUGUUGGUCGACCACGUGAUCAAGAUGCUACGGUUGGUAUGGGACAAAAAGAUUCAUAUGUUGGUGAUGAAGCACAAUCAAAACGUGAUAUUCUUACAUUAAAAUAUCCAAUUGAACGUGGUAUUGUUACAAAUUGGGAUGAUAUGGAAAAAAUUUGGCGUCAUACUUUUUAUAAUGAACUUCGUGUUGCACCUGAAGAACAUCCUGUAUUUCUUACUGAAGCACCAUUAAAUCCAAAAGCUAAUCGUGAAAAAAUG